CCUGCCUCGAUGACUGAUGGUCACGUGACGCGUCCGCCGCUAAAGUAACUCCACCGAAGUCCUCUCAAGCCCAAAGUUUUCUCUCCUGAGACCCUCUUGGUGUCAAAGAAAACACCACCACCAUGGCGGACCUGGGUUUUGUGAUAGCCAUGUCCGUGAUGACUCUGUUUUGGGGCAUUGUUGGAGCGGUGGUGCCCUGGUUUAUCCCCAAAGGACCUAACAAAGGAGUGAUUGUCACAAUGCUGGUGUUGACUGCGGUUUGCUGCUACCUAUUCUGGUUGAUAGCAAUUCUGGCCCAGUUGAACCCACUUUUUGGACCCACCCUGUCCAAUGAAACCAUCUGGUACCUGAACUACCACUGGGAGUAAUUUACCCUUCCAGGACUUCUGACCAUGCAGGGAUCAUUCCUUCUGAAUCGCCUUAAACUCCGACCCCUGUGUGAUUACUGAGUGACGCCCACACUGGUGCCUUGUACAAAAAACAAAACUUUUCCAAAGGACUCGUGAAAUAUCUCAUUGAAUGUGCUUGACUUAAAUUAAAACAUCCUUCACUUGUUGUUUGGUUUAUAUGUUAUGUAUAUUGUGUUUAUUGCUGCUGCUAAUAAGUGUGCCUUUGCCUCAUGAUGUGUGUUUGAUGUGUUGUCAUUUUGUCUCAAUGAUAGUGAUGGAUGUAAUACGUUCAAAAGUUGUUAAUAAUAAACCAAUAAUCAACUCUA